AUGGCGGGAUAUCCGCUCCCACCGGAGCUCACUGCGCGCGUGAUUUCCUAUCUUACCAUCCCUGAUAACUUCAACCCGUAUAAAAUUCAGGAGCCGGCACGUGUGGCCCAGUAUGCCACCGUGAGCCGGGACUGGCAGAUGAUCGUUGAGCGGCACACCUUCUCGACCUUGCAUCUGACGACGCCCCAGCGACUGACAGAGUUCGAGCAGAUUGUGGCGCAGAACGCGCGACGCCGGUCGUACGUCCGCAACGUCAAUCUGCUCGUGCAGCUGGAGUCGUAUGAUGUCGAGGCGCGCGCCAAGUUCGAGACCGCCGAGGAACACCGGCGGAACAAUGAGAUUUUCACACGGACUAUCCAGUCGCUCUUUAAGAUUCUGCAGUCCUGGCCUGAAGAUCAGACGGGCAUCCAUCUCUCGAUCAAGGCGCAGUCCCCCAGCGACGCUGUCCCCGGGAAGGAGGGCCAGCGACGUAUGAAAGAGGCCCGUAAGAACCGGGCGAAGGACCUCCUGGAACGGAGGUUCGAGAAGUGUUAUCUGCAGUUCUCGGAGGAGAGUCUGGAUGGUCUUCCAGCCGUAGGGGCCGUCACAACACUGUCGGUCGACGCGGGGUACCGGUUUCAGCGGCUAAUCUCCCCGGCCUCGUGCGCCAUUAUUGCGUCGAAGCUUCCUCGAUUGCAGAAUGCAAGUCUUGUUCUGCUCGAUAAUGAAAAGCGAGAUCUAGCUUUGAGGAAACGGAAUCGCAAUGAAUUCGUCUGCUACUUUAAUUUCUGGCCUUCCUCGGUGGAAGACUUUUAUCUCGUCUUCUACAAUGAGCCUCCAGCUAAUCAGACACGUUCUCCCGCGGAUCUCGUGGACGGGAAUGCAGAGGACCCCCUGAGUUCGCGGCUGCGGGACUUUUCUCAGCAGCUAACAGCGAUCCACCUGGAGGAUAUCGUUGUGGGGAAAGAGCUCUUCUGGCCCAUUGCCCCAAAAGAUGACACGCAGCUUCCCUCCUGGCCAAAGCUAACCUCUUUCCGCCUGCAAUACACAAUCACCACUCCGUCUGGGGGAUGGUACUUUGAGCGUAAUCCCGCAGAGGAGGGAGAAGAUGCUGAUGGCGGCGGGGAUUCCGACCUUGAAGAUCAAUAUUCGCGCAUGCAGGAGCACCUGCGGCCGCCACUGGAGGAUCGGUUUCCGCAGAGUUCUCGAACAAAAGUAUCGUCCGAGUUGAUCAACGAGUUCUACGUGUCUGCGGGCCGGGCGGCGCAGCGGAUGCCCAAGCUCAAGUAUAUGCAUCUGGAGACUUCGUCUGGUCAAGGCCGCCAUUGGUUUCAGUACGAAGUGAAGGGGAAAACUGCGACGGCGACCUGGGCUGAUAUGAUCUUGUUUCAGCCGGAGGAGAGGGUCUUAGAGGUCUGGAGAGACGCUGCCCGGCAGCAUACGGGGUCAGAGUCCAACCUAGAAGUAAAGCUGCAGGACUUGAGCGUUCCUUAUACCGGUUCAUAUGCUUGA